UGACACUCUUAACUUAACCUCAAAAGUACAAAAACAUUUCAAAAUGUGUUUAUUGUAAUUAUGUUUAAUUUAUUUAGUUAAUUCUGUUGAUUAUUGAAUAUUUGUAAGUCGUUAGUGUGCAAUGGCCGAUUUGGAAGCGAACGACAAAAAGAAGUCCCAUAGGGAAAGACAUUCUGGUCGUAAAGCAGACAAAAAGAAAACAAAAAAGGACCAAAACAUUGAAGAAGUCACCGACAAACAAAGAAACCCCAAAGCCUUCACCUUCAACUCGGCGAUCCGAGCCGAAAGACGCUUCAGAAGAAAACAAGAUAUCGACACCAAGAAGCAACAUGUGCCUUUGGUUGAUAGGACGCCAUUAGAGCCUCCGCCCAUUCUUAUUGCCAUAGUAGGGCCCCCAAAGGUCGGAAAAACGACUUUGAUGAACAACUUGAUCAAGCUGUUCACUAAGUCACCAGUCACAGACAUAAAAGGCCCUGUGACAAUUGUAACUGGAAAAAAAAGACGCGUCACUCUGGUAGAAUGCAAUAACGAUAUUAAUUCCAUGAUAGACCUGGCGAAAGUGUGCGAUUUGGCUUUGUUAUUAUCAGAUGCCAGUUUCGGGUUUGAAAUGGAGGUUUUUGAGUUUUUAAACAUAUGCCAGGUGCAUGGGAUGCCUCGGAUCAUGGGAGUCUUAACACACCUGGACCUGAUCAAAAACAGUAAAACUUUAAAAAACACCAAAAAGACCCUCAAACACAGAUUCUGGACGGAAGUUUAUCCAGGAGCCAAGCUAUUCUACUUAUCGGGAAUAUUGCAUGGAGAAUAUUUGAGGAAUGAAAUUAAAAACUUGGGUAGGUUUAUUUCUGUGAUGAAGUUCAGACCAUUACUGUGGAGGCAAAAUCAUAGCUACAUUUUAGGAGAUCGCUAUGAAGAUUUAACGAACCAAGAGCUAAUCAGGCAAAAUCCGAAAUGUGACCGGCAUAUUUCGCUUUACGGUUACAUCAGGGGGGUACCACUAAAAAAAGAGAAUUCUGUCCAUAUCGCGGGCUUUGGAGAUCUUAAAAUACACGACAUCUCUUACUUACCUGACCCUUGUCCUUUGCCAGAGGAGCUUAAAAAGCGAGCGCUUGUCGAAAAAGAACGUUUAAUAUACGCCCCGUUUUCGGGAGUAGGUGGUAUAGUUUACGAUAAAGAUGCUGUUUAUGUUGAACUUAAAAACACCCAAAGUCAAACGAAAAAAGUGGAAAAAGACGAAACGAGUAAUAUUCUUGCCAAUUUACUUGAAACUAAAGAAAGUGCCGACGUAAAAAUGGAAAAGUCUGAACUACAGAUCUUCAGUGGAGGUCAAAAGUUGACUGGGAAAGAUUUUGAGUUAGCGAAGAAUGAACGAGCAUUUGAGCAGCAGAUUGAGCUAAUCGAGGCGAAAUCUGGCAAAAGCAAUAAGAAUCUUGACGAGGAUAAUGAUUUGAGUGAUGAAUUGAAUAAGCUGAGGAAACAGUAUCAGGUUCAAGAAGUGGAGGAUUCCGGUAGGACGAGGAGACGCGUGAUUUUCAAUGAUCAAUCAGAUGAUGAGACUGCCGAGUUUAAGGUGAAGUCGGCUCCAAAACCUAAAGGGAAUACUGAGAUUAAUAUGAGAAUUAAGGAGGUUUUGAAUGGUUUGGGUCAGAAAAUGGAACAAGACGAAGAAAUCAGCUCAGAGGAAGAAGAAGAUGAUAAUGAUGAUGAUGAUGUCGAUGAUGACGACGUUGAUGAUGAGGGUGAUGACAAUGAAGAUAAGUCUGAUUUAGAAAUGUCAUCAGAUGAUGGGGAUGAAGACUUGGCGGUAACAUGGAAAAAUAACUUGAUGAAAAAAGCCAAAGAUGCCUUUUUGGAGAGGGUCAGCUCCUCCCAGAAUUUAAUGAAGUUGGUUUAUGGGGUGUUUGAUGCAAAGUACCAAAAGGACUUGGCUGACUCUCAACAAAAAGAAGAGCAAAGUGAGGAAGAAGGCGACAUCGGAGGUAUAUUUAAAAAAGUCUCCAAGGCUCAAGAAAAACUAAAAUCAGACAAAGAUAAUAUGAAUUUGAUGGAGUCUUCUUUGAUGUUCCCAUGGGAUACCGCUACCAAAGAUUGGACCCAAGAAGAGAACAAGGUGCUGAUAGCAAACUGCUUCGUCACAGGCAAAUGGAAGGACUCAGAAGACGCUGCUGAGCUCCUAAAGCUGGAUGAGACGGAAAAUCUCAGCGACAUGGAUUCAGAACUCGAGGGGGAUUUCGAAGACUUGGAAACGGGCGAGAAACACGUGGCCCAGAAGAGAAAAAGGGAGGAACCGGAAAAGGACGAGAAGGCAGACAGAGAAGCGCUCGCAGAAAAAAAACGAAAACUGAAAGAGAAAUUCGACGCGGAAUACGACAACACCGACAAAAGCACCUUUUACGAGGAACUGAAGAUGACCGCGGAGAAACAGGCGCAAUUGAACAAAACCGUGUUUGAAAAUAUGCCGGAUGACGUUAGGGUGCAAGUGGAAGGUUUUAGGCCCGGCAUGUACGUAAGGAUGGAGUUUGAAAAUGUCCCGUCUGAGUUUAUCACGAACUUCGAUCCGACUUAUCCGAUAGUAAUCGGAUCGUUAAAUAUCGGGGAGGAGAACAUCGGGUAUGUGAACGUGAGGGUGAAAAAGCAUAGGUGGUAUGGGAAAAUCUUGAAAACGAACGAUCCGUUGAUCAUUUCUUUGGGAUGGAGGAGAUUCCAGACGAUCCCGAUCUUCUCGAAACUGGAAGACGACUUGAAAUACCGUUAUUUAAAAUACACCCCUGAACAUUUGGCGUGUAACGCCCAAUUCUGGGGCCCGAUUACCCCACAGGGCACCGGGUUUUUAGCACUGCAGAGCGUCGACUCCAAUCCAGAGAUCCUGAAAAAACAGGGAUUCAGGAUAGCGGCCACCGGCUCGGUCCAGGAGUUGGACAAAUCCACGCGGAUCAUGAAGAAACUGAAACUAGUCGGGUACCCACUGAAGAUUUACAAAAAGACGGCAUUUAUCAAAGGGAUGUUUAAUAGCGCGUUGGAGGUGGCCAAGUUUGAGGGGGCCAGCAUCCAGACCGUUUCCGGGGUGAGGGGAGAGAUCAAAAAAGCCAUCAGUAAACCAGAGGGCUGUUUUAGGGCCGCGUUUGAAGAUAAGAUUUUAUUGAGCGAUAUUGUAUUUUGCCCUACUUGGUGCAAAGUAAACGUACAAGAAUUCUACACUCCAAUAACCACUUUGUUGCUUCCACCAGACCAAAAGAACCAAUGGACAGGCUUGAGAACCACCGGUCAAAUUAAACGAGAAAAAGAUAUUAAAAAUCCCGCUAACAAGGACAGCUUGUACACUCCAAUCAUAAGGGAGGAAAAACCGUUUAAACCAUUAAUCAUCCCGGCAAAACUACAAAAAGCGUUGCCGUAUAGGGACAAACCGAACCACGGGGUGAAAUCAUCGGAAAAGAAGAAACUUACUCAGAGGGUGGCUGUUAUUAGGGAACCGCACGAAGAAAAGAUUGCGAAAAUGUUGAAGAUGAUUAAGACCUCGUACCAGCACAAACAGGCGAAACUAAAAGAAGAAACGAAGCAGAGGCUGGAGAAGCAUCGGCGAGACAUCGCUGCCCAAGAAUUGAGCAAAGAGAGGAAAAUCAAGCAGAAGAAGAAAGAAGUUUUCCGGAAAAAGAGUAAAGCGCAAGCGAGCCAAGAUAAAAAGGCUGAUAGGGAUUAAAUAAAAAUGUUCUUAAGUU